UUUGUCCAGGAGGUGGUGGUGAUGACCUCCCUUCGCCACCCCAACAUCGUGCCCCUGCUGGGGGCCAGUCUGCAGCCGCCCCACGUGUUCCUGCUGGCGGAGCUCUGUGGAGGUGGAGGAGGUGGAGGUGGGGACCGCGUGAGUGCUCGUCGGAUCCUUGAAGUGGCUCUGGAUCUGGCGCGGGGACUGGAGUACCUCCACGGACGGAAUCCGGCCGUUGUGCAUAGAGACCUGAAGCCGGCGAACGUGCUGAUUGAUGCCGACGGCACAGCCAAGGUG